CGACAAGUCCUGGAGUCAAUUGCGGUGGCAGCGCGGAAGAAGAUGACUGUCAACAGACAUGUGGCUGGGCAUUGAUUCGUUGAAUUAUGUAUUGGCCAUGCAGCGUGCCGCAAAUUUUCGCAUACCAUGGAUCCAGCGCCCUAGCCGCACACCAAGCCGAAGAGGCAGAAGCCGGCCAUGAAGAAGGCUCGAGGGAAGACGUAGAGAAGAAUGAUUCGACGGAUGACGACUCCAAUGCCAUAGUCGACCUUCAAGCUGCGCGGCAUGACCACCUCUUUGCGACGAUCAGCCCCUUUCGCUUAGAUCUUUGGUCAACGCGACCUUUGGUUGUCCUCGCCUCGCUCUCUCGUUCGUCGAAGUCGCUGGAAACUUACGGCAAGAAUCUUGGCGUCGCAUUCAAACCAGAUGGAAGCACCUUGGUCAUUCGCACAGCGGGGGCCUAUUUGAUGCUAUACUCUGUAGAGAGCGACCAGACUGCCCGGGUCCUGCAACAGCAGUAUGGGUAUAGCCAAGCAAAACGUCAAAAUGUCAUGCGAAGUUUUGGGACAGACGAGACUGCUGGGGUGCCAGAGGUCCUCCUGCGCUUCCGAAGAGCCAUCAAGAUCGAUGCGGGAAUCAAUUCAAUCAACGCCCUCGACUCGGAAAUAAUCGUGGCAACGACCAAACCGGCUGCCGUGCAGUGCAUUAGAUGGGACCUUCAGAAGGAUGGCUCCAAUGCGGUUGCCCAGCUGCUGAACAGGAUGGACUGGAUCACCCAAAAGUCGAGCAUAUCAACCAUGAUCCAUGACAGAGCCAUGAACCUUUCAGUCUGGCUGUCACAGGACGGCCAUGCGUAUGCCGUGCAGCGGAUGAAACCGCAGUUGACACGGGCGCCGUCUUCAGACGAGUCUGUUCCCUCCUCAAAGGGAUCCACAAACCCAUCCACCAGACUGUUUGACGGCUACUGUUUUCACAAGCCUGAAUCACCCUCAGGCGCGACAUUUGCGAGUAUCAAUGCCCGAUUCUCACUCAUCGCCGUUGCUACCUCGAGUGGAGAAAUCAUCUGCUAUUCUGCAAAAGACUACGCCGGGAAUAUCCCGUUGUCUCACACUUUCCGGGCUUCCACCUCGCCAUCGUCCAGAGGCGCUAUCACAUGUCUUAUAUGGUCUCCCGAUGGCUACUGUCUCUUUGUCGGCUACAAACACGGUUGGUGUACGUGGUCAGUGUUUGGAAAGGAGGGCGCUUCGACCUUCCACCAGAACCUAACACACGCCGAAUCCAAUGCCGAGAAAUGGCUCCUCGCUGUCCAGCGAGCUACUUGGAUCGGUGCAGGCGGCGAAAUUCUCCUCACGACGCCGUAUGAUAGCCGAAUCUGGAAGUUAGAAAUGUCGCGGAGCGCGGCUAUGGGCUGUUUUUCUUGCGCAAAUCUCGUUCGUGCUCUUCUCCAAACUCCUACGGAGCUGACAGUCUAUCGUGGCCAUGAACUCCCCGACUUGACUUCUAUAUCGAAUGAGGCAUCCCUUUGGCAUCACGCCGAAUAUCCACAUGUCUAUCUACACAAUCAGUGGCCUAUCAAGUCGUGCGUUGUGUCACAAGACGGAAGAUAUGUCGCAAUUGCUGGCCGUCGAGGCUUGGCCCACUACAGUCUUCAGAGUGGAAGGUGGAAAACUUUCUCCGACUUGUCGGUAGAGAGUUCGUUUGCAGUCCGUGGAGGAAUGUGCUGGUUCAACCAUGUCCUUGCCGUGGCAACUGAGAAUACUAGUGGGUACGACUUGCGACUGUACUCGCGGGAACUCGAACUGGGCCGUUUCCCAUUGCAUAACGAAGCAUUCUCCAUGCCCAUCGUGUUUGUGGGCCCUUCGGGAGAAGAUUCGUUAUUGGUCUAUACCUACGAGAACAUCCUCUACCAUUAUAUCCUCAACAUAACUGAUCGAGGCGCACAGCUUGUGCAGGUGGGCCAAAUCGCUUUUCACGGCAUCGUCCGUGCACCAAGUCGAGUUCGGUCCGUCAGCUGGGUCGUGCCAGAUUCCCAGCUCCGAAACGGAGAUCCCUCCAGAGACGUGGAAUUCGCGUCCGUCCUUUUCCUCGUCGACGACAAGUUGGUAUUGUUGCAAGCGUCUCGGAACGAAAAGGACGAGCUCAAAUACGACAUGCGCGUCGUUGCUCAGCAUGUCGAGUACUACAUCCUCAUGCGGGAUCAGAUAUACUUCAACUUCAGCACUGGUCUGGAUGAAUCAGCGCCACCCACACCGUCACCUGGAUCGGCAUUCACCCUACGAAGCCAGCAGAACUACUCGUUGCGAGACUCUCUCUGGAUAUUCAACGGUGAUGAGCUUCGUCUCUGGCCCGAUGUGCGUGACCUGUUCCACCACGCUGCAGGGGAUCUCAACACAUCCCCAGUACUGUCCAUGUCCAUCGACUUCUACCCUUUAUCCAUCCUGCUCACCAAAGGGGUGGUGCUGGGUAUUGAAUCCGAGCUUCUCCAAAGGCGAGACGUCAAUUUCGCCCAAUUCCGCUCCAGCAUUCGCACCCAACUUUUCCUUCCCUAUAUUCUUCGCCACCAACUCUGUGAAGCAAACGACACCCCCGCCGCAUUCGGCCUGGCCAACCAGUACCAGAACCUCUCAUACUUUCCUCAUGCGCUGGAAAUUCUGCUACACAAUGUCCUCGACGAUGAAGUUGAUCGGAAACCUACAUUGAGGGACAAAGAAGAAGAUGAGGCGCAGGGGCCAUUGCCGGCUGUCCUUUCGUUUCUCCAACUCGUGCUCCCACCAACCACAUAUUUAUCGACCGUGGUGCAAUGCAUCCGCAAAACAGAGCUCUCGUCCUGGCGAACGCUCUUCGCACACCUCCCCCCCCCUCUGACCCUGUUCGAACAAGCCCUCGAACUCGAGGACCUCAAAACCGCCGGCGGCUACCUCAUCGUUCUCCAGGGGCUAGAAGAGGGCAACGACGAAUCCGAGUCCUACGACGCCCGCAAGUUCGAGGGCUAUGUCAUCCGCCUCAUGAAACUGGCACGUCAAAAGGGGGAUUUCGAGCUGUGCGCCGAACUUGCCAGGUUCAUGAUGGGCAUUGAUCCCAGAGGGGAUGCGUUGAGGAGGGUCAUCAUCGGCGUGGGGUUCAGGAACAAGCCGACCCUUUUGGAGCCCACUCGCACAGUGUCUGGCGCAGGGACGUUGCAAAUACCGCGCUCGAGGAGUAAAGGUACGGAGGAAAGCUCGGAGGGAAGCUCGAGUCCGUCACCAGUGAGAUUGAGCCCUGUUAGUGGUGGUGACUAUUUCUCGAAUUCACCAGGAGGAUAUUGAGAAGGAACCGGAAUAGAUAGAUAGGUGGAUUCACAAAUGGUCCUUUCCCCCUAGAGUCUGCGGGCUGUUCUGCAUGCGAGUCUAUAUCCGAGAGCAGAAAGCAUGAAAUUUUGCUUCCAUCCGCUCACUGUAAUCGUAC